AUGAGCCAUUUCCUUGAACACCUGCGCCAAGUUGUGCGGCAAGCCAGACGGCAUCCGUCGUCUCAGCGGCCCAGAAAAUCUCCCAUAAUCUCAAAGCCUGCGAGAAACACUCGCACUGCCUGGGAGAAGCUUCCCGUGGAUGUUCUAGUGAAGAUCCUGGUACAAUGCGAAUUGGAAGAGAUCCAUUCUUUCUCGGCUACAUGCCGCCUCCUACACCAGCGGGUCUAUCACAAUGAGGCUGCUAUCGCCAAAGCUUAUCUCCAGCAUCGGCGGCGAGAGGAUCCAUACCACCUUCAAAAGUGCCAGGAACCCAACGUUGCCAUCGGCGACGACCUCACCUUCGUAUCUGAUCUCUUCCCGCCCCCGCCUCCCCACUACACCCCGAGCGGCACGCUGGAAGAAUCGCCCGACUACUCGUUCGGCUACCUGACCGAUCUCACGCGGUGCUGGCGGACCUGCGUGCGGCUGUCCUUCUACCUGGCCGAAUACCUGGUGCAACAUUACCUUGAGACCGAUCCCACGGCGCGGGAGCUAUGGGCCUCCUCCAAGACGGAGAAGGAGUUCGUCUACAGCAAGGGCGUCGGCGCACUGCAAGCCCGCCUGCUCCCAUCCAUAACCUACCUCGUCUACUUCCUGGAAUCCUGCGCCGACACCACCAGCCCGACCCACUCCCUGGACUGCCAGGAACGCAUCCUCCAGGAACCCCCCUUCACCGACCCCGACGUCCUGCUCGCCACCCACCACACCAUGCACACCCUCAUCCACACCGUGCGCCACCUCAUGGCCCCGGACAUCCCCUACACCUCCUCCCAGACAUGGGUCAGCCUCCUGCUCACCACCUCCACCCUCGAACGCAUCGUCGAUCUCUUCGUCGCCGUUGCGGCCGACGAUUCCACCCCACAGCAGCCAGGCCCCCGAAAGAAAACGGAGAAGCAGGACCACCAGCGCCAGCACCAUCACAGCCACAACCCUAACAACAACCACAACGACCAUCCACCUACCCAAACACAAUCACACCCCCACCACUCCGAAACCCACACCCACUGGUCCCACCGCAUGGACUUCCUAUGGCACAUGCACCGCGACUACGGGGACUACCUAGCGGCGCUGGUGGGCGACGACCAAAUCGACCCCCCCGACACCGGCCAUUCGGGCAUGGUGCCCCGGCUGCAGGAGAUCUGGUUCGCCGCGGCGGAGCGGGCAAUCCGUGAACGGGGGCUGGCGGCGCAUGCGCCCGAGGUGGUAAGGGUACUGCAUGGUGGGGGGCCGCGGUUAGGGUGUGCAGUUUGUUUGUAG